GAGACUUGGUACCCUGCAGGUCUGACUGGAAUAACUCUGGCCUGCUUCUCUCUCUGGAUGGGGAAAGGAAAAAGAGUUCUUGUUGAAUGAGAAUGGACAAGUUCACCAGUGUGAGCUCUGCUCACUUUCCCCUUUCUUGUCCUUCAACAGAUCUUCUCUUUGCUACACAGGAAGAUGUCUGCUUGGCGGCGGGUUUUGUUCAGCAAGGCCAGAUCUGGAUGCACAGCCCGUCUCGAAAGUUGUGCUUGAGAUUCACAACACAGAACAUGAACCUGACUGGAGCAGAGGGAAGGAGGGAGGAGAAAGAAAGUUGCAGAACAGCCGUGGAGCCAGGUGAGCCUGCCGCAAUCUCCUCGCAGCUCCCUGACGGCUGGUGCACCUUUUGCCUUUGUUGAGGUGGCACUCCGCAGGCCAGCCAGACACUCAGCAGCUGCUCAGACCACAAGAGAGAAGAGCCUGCGUCGGAACAACAAAGUCGGCGGGCGAGCCGGUGCCAACUCGGUGAUCCCAGCGGAUGCCAUCCUUUUUGUCUCGCAGGAACACCAAGAAGGAAGGGGACCUGUUGGCGGCCCAGGCCCGCCUGAAGGAUGUUGAGGCCCUUCUGAACUCCAAGGAAGCUGCCCUCACCACUGCUCUGGGGGAGAAGCGAAAUCUGGAAAAUGAAGUCCGUGAUCUGAAAGCCCAGUUGCUCAAGCUGGAAGCGGCUUUGGCCGAGGCCAAGAAGCAGCUUCAGGAUGAGAUGCUGCGGAGGGUCGAUGCCGAGAACAGGUUGCAGACCCUGAAGGAAGAGCUGGAUUUCCAGAAGAACAUCUAUAGUGAGGAGCUUCGCGAGACCAAACGUCGCCACGACACCCGCCUGGUGGAGAUUGACAGCGGCCGCCAGCAGGAGUUUGAGAGCAAGCUGGCUGAGGCCUUACAGGAUCUGAGGGGCCAGCAUGAAUCCCAGGUCCGACUCUACAAGGAGGAGCUGGAGAAAACUUACAGUGCCAAGCUGGAGAACGCCAAGCAGUCCGCCGAGAGGAACAGCAGCAUGGCGGGAGCGGCCCACGAGGAGCUGCAGCAGACCCGCAUCCGCAUCGACACCCUGUCGGCUCAGCUCAGCCAGCUGCAGAAGCAGCUGUCUGCCAAGGAGGCGAAACUGCGGGAUCUGGAGGAUGCGCUCGCCCGAGAAAGGGACACCAGCCGCCGCAUCCUGUCUGAAAAGGAGCGGGAGAUGGCUGAGAUGCGGGCCCGCAUGCAGCAACAGCUGGAUGAAUACCAGGAACUUCUGGACAUCAAACUGGCCUUGGACAUGGAGAUCAAUGCCUACCGCAAGCUCCUAGAGGGAGAGGAGGAGAGGCUGCGUCUCUCCCCGAGUCCUUCUUCUCAAAAGGCUGGCGGCAGGGCCCGGGUCUCCCACUCAUCCCUUCAAAGCUCUUCCAAGAAGAGGAAGCUGGAGGACGGAGAGAGCCGCACCAGCUUCUCCCACCAUGCCCGGACCAGUGGCCGCGUGGCCGUGGAGGAAGUGGACCUCGAGGGGAAGUUUGUCCGCCUCAGGAACAAAUCUAAUGAGGACCAGUCUUUGGGAAACUGGCAGAUCAAGCGCCAGAAUGGAGAAGAGGCCCCUAUCUGCUAUAGGUUCCCUCCUAAGUUCACCUUGAAGGCUGGACAGUUAGUAACGAUCUGGGCUGCUGGCGCUGGGGUGACCCACAACCCACCCUCGGAUAUGGUGUGGAAGAACCAAAGCUCAUGGGGAUCUGGAGACAGCCUGCGCACGGCUCUCCUCACUUCUUCUGGAGAGGAAGUGGCCAUGAGGAAGCUGGUGCGCACUGUAGUUGUCGAGGAUGACAAUGAAGAGGAUGAUGACGAGGUUGGCAUCCAUCACCACCGCCACCACCACCAUAGCCACUGCAGCAGCUCCGGGGACCCUGCUGAGUACAACCUGCGUUCCCGCACGGUGUUAUGCAGUACCUGUGGGCAGCCAGCAGAGAAGGCCGGCGGCACCAACGCUGCCACCAGCGCUGUGUCUUCUGGAUCAUCCUCUUCCAGUGUCACCAUUACCCGUGCUUACCGCAGCACAGGGGGGACUGGCAUUGGAGAGAGCCUGCUGCCCAGGUCUUACAUUCUGGGCAAUUCCACCCCACGCCAGCAGGGUCCGCAGAACUGCAGCAUCAUGUAACUCUUCUGAUUGACCCCCUCCCCCCACCCCCGACUUGUUCACUGCCCAAAUUAUCCAAAGCUAUUUGGUCCUUAUGUGCACAGGAGGAAAAACAAACAAACAACAAAAAAAGAAAGAAUGAAAAAAAAACAUUUUUAAACAAA